AAAUAAGAUGAGACCACGUCAAAUUGAAACGUAAGGCUUUUGAAGAUGAGAAUAAUGGAUUCAAAAUAAGAUGAGACAACGUCAAAUUGAAACGUAAGGUGUUUGAAGAUGAGCACACGUGAAGUAGGUUGGACUUGGAACGAUUUUGGAAUUGGCUAGCUCAACACUCAACAGACUGAGGAAGCAGAAGCAGCGGAGGGAAGAAGAUGCCGCCGGCAACCUUGAAGCUCCCUAUUAUAGAUCUCUCCUCACCUGAUCGUUUCUCCACCGCCAAAUUGAUCCGCCAGGCAUGCACUGAGUACGGGUUUUUCUACCUAGUGAACCACGGGGUGGAGAAAGAGUUGCUUCAGAAAGUGUUUGAUCAGAGUAGAAAGUUCUUCUUACUUCCAGUGGAAGAGAAAAUGAAAUAUCCCCGCAAGGAACACAGAGGUUAUACACCUCUAUAUGCUGAGAAACUGGAUGCAACUUCAGGCUCCAAAGGUGAUUCAAAAGAGAGCUUCUACAUUGGUCCUUUAGCAGAUCAUGCAAGUAUUAACCUGAAUCAAUGGCCUUCAGAAGAAGUACUUGAAAAUUGGAGACCUACAAUGGAAUCCCUAUACUGGAAACUUCUUGUGGCUGGAAGAGAGUUGUUAUCUUUAAUGGCCCAGUCCUUGAAUCUGGAUGAAGAUUUCUUCGAGAAAAUUGGGGCCCUAAGCAAACCAGCAGCUUUUCUUCGCCUUUUGCAUUAUCCAGGUGAAGUGGUGCCCGAUGAAGAGAUAUGUGGUGCCUCAGCUCACUCAGAUUACGGUAUGGUAACUCUGUUGGUGACAGAUGGUGUGCAAGGACUUCAGAUUUGCAAGGAAAAGUUCAAGCAACCACAAUUCUGGGAGGAUGUGCCUCACAUCGAGGGGGCCUUUAUUGUGAACAUUGGGGACAUGAUGGAGAGGUGGACUAAUUGUUUGUACCGGUCAACAUUGCAUAGGGUUAUGCCAGCUGGAAAGGAGCGCUAUUCCGUGGCUUUCUUUCUAGACCCAAAUCCAGACUGCGUGGUGGAAUGCCUUGAAAGCUGCUGCAGUGAAUCAUCGCCCCCCAGAUUUCCUCCAAUCCGCAGUGGGGACUACUUGCAGGAGCGCUUCAGGCUCACCUAUGGAUCAUAGCUUUCUAAAAUUCUAAGAGCUGGGCAGCUGCAAAUUACGAAAAUGCGAAGUCAAGGUCACAUGGAGACUUGACGUUAUUGUGUAUACAUGGAAACAUCAAUAUUUCCCUAUUAUUUUUUUGGCUAUGUAUAAGUAAUUCUAUUUGAGGUAUUGUCGGAUUCUAAAUGUAAGCACCUCUUUAGUGGGAAUUUGAACAUUAACUUGUUAUGUUGUGAGAGAUUAAUCAUAUCUAUUAAACUUAGCCCUGUUAGUA